AUGUCAUCGCGAGUGCACUCGCAGUACAGCCACGCGGGCCGUAACGGAUCCGUGUCUUCGGGGCCGUCGUUCGGGCGCCGACUGCGGCGUCGGUGCGAUCUGUGUAUCCGUGUCUUCAAGUGGUUGCCCGUAGUGUUCAUAGUGUCAGUCCUCGCGUGGGGUUAUUAUGCAUAUGUCAUACAACUCAACCUCAUUAACAUCGACUCCAUUGCCGUCAAGAUCUUGUAUUUGUCACUCUUUCACGUGAUUUGA